AUGGGUGGUCAGAAUUUGGAGGUUACACCUCAUAUGAAGUUUUUCUGGCAGCAACAGAUGAAGUUAUUGCAAACUGUGAAAAUGGCCAGAAGAUAUCACCCCCAAAUUAUUCGUUUUGCAUUGUCGCUUCAUGGUAAAUCCCCAGCUGCUUAUAGAGAGCUCAGAGAUAGUGGAGUUCUGAUCCUUCCAAGUGAAAUAAUACUUAGAGAUUAUAAGAACUAUUUCAAACCCAAAGCAGGUAGGACAUGUUUUAACCCAUUGAGCCCCAGUGCGCCCUACUUAUUUUUUUCCUUGUUUAAUGCCAGACGAUUUUACCCAUCAAUGGGGAAGCACUGCAGCCUAAUGAGUUAACCAAAAAAUCUGACAAUGUCUCUAGUUUACUCAUUGAGCCGCAAUGUGCCCCAGUGCGCCCUCAUCAAUGGGGAAGCACUGGAGCUUAAUGGAUUAACCAAAAAAUCUGACAAUGUCUCUGGUUAACUCACUGAGCGGCAAUGCGCCCCAAUGCGUUCUACUUAUUUUUUUUUACUUGUCUAACACCAGAAGAUUUUACUCGUCAAUGGGGAAACUCUGCAGCGUAAUGGGUUAAUUGGAGAACCUCCCUGAAAAUCAUGAAAAAUGUGAUGCGCACUUUCUUUGUAAAGAUUACAUAAUAUUAUUUAGUUUAAACCUGGACAAUAUCGAGUCUCUACGGGAGAAAGCCUCUUCAGCGGCUGGAAUUCAACGUUAUGUGGUGCUCGUCAUGGAUGAAAUGAAGAUACAGUCAAACCUUGUUUUCGACAAGUAUUAAGGAGAUUUGAUUGGCUUUGUGGAUCUUGGGGAUCCAAUGACAAAUUAUGCAUGUCUUGGGUACGAAGAUGUUAUGGCAACUCAUGCACUGGCAUUUCUGGUGAGAGGAAUAUGCACUUACAUGAAACAUGUCAUUGCAUAUUAUUUUACUGAAAAUGUAACCUCUAAUUACCAGUUAAUGUCAAUGUUUUGGAAGAUUGUUGGAGUUCUUGAAGUGUCCUUAAACCUUCGGAUCAUUGCUGCUUUCCAGGCCUCGAAAUAAAUCGUUGUUUGAAACUUUAUUUACCGAGAGUUACACAUAACAGUUUGACAACUAGUAUACUAACUUGUGGCCCUCUUAAUGAACCCUACUAAUGAACCUUCUGUACUACAUCCGCGAUGCUAUCUCAUAAUAUAUCAACUUUGAAAGCCGGCCUCAAAAUAAAUCUGGACGUUAUACCAGUCAUUAUGACCAGUGGAUCACUAAAUUUACCGGUCACAGCGGAAUUUAUGCCGGUCAUUGCAUGUCACUCCUUAGCUUCUUUUCCCCCCUCAUCUUUUGGUGACUCGUAACUUUAGAAACAAUUGUGUAUUUUAAUUGUACUUGUAUAUAAAGUAGAAGUAUGGCGUUCAUCAUAGCUGUAGUAGUAAAUAUUACUAAUAACAUUUAUAACAUUGUUUACUAGCAAAUUAAUAUAGUAAGUCACAAAUGACAACUGUAGUUUGAGUUGCGAGCAUGCUUUAAGGCUGCAUUCCAGUUACGUGUUUUCAUACGUGCCUACGCACGUAAAAGUUGAAAUCGCUUUACAUCCUACUUACGAAAUAACUAAAUUUAUAACAUUCAGUUUUGUGUAUGAUUUAAUGUGUACAGUACCGCUCGCGUAUAUCUUAACAUACGAUACGCGUAUGAUACGCGUUAAGGUUAUUUGCACUUAUAUGAAAUUUUAAAAGAUUUAAACUUUUCCGUCGCACGUGUGAAAAACGCGUAACUGAAAAACAGCCCUUAAGCACAUUGCUUGCGGUAUAUCGUAUCUGUACGACAAAAUGUGUUACUUCGCCGCCCUUAUUAGCUUGCACCGUAUAGACGGACAUACACUUCUUUGGAAAAUUGGAAGUAAAAAAUCUGCUCCAUUUUUGAACGUACUUUUUUAUUAAAAAAUUUACCGGUCACGCAUGUCCGCCAGGCGACGAUAUUUGCCGGUCAAACUGAAAUUUUGCCGGUCAGUGACCGGUGACCGGCACUUAUUUCGAGGCCUGCUGCUGUCAACGAUGGAGCAUCACCGAAUCGAAAGUUCUUUGAACUUUAUUCAAUGUUUGUGAGUGAUCUAGAGAGUGAUGUGGUAUAUCGCUUCAUUUUUUUCUUUCCAUCUAAUCAAGACUGCCAGAAAUUGCCUGUACAACUCUGGUUCCGGUUCUCGCAGUCGUCUUAUGUGGAACAAUUGUAGCUAUUUAUUGUUCAGGCACAUUGCUGACCUUUUCUAAAGCAACCAAGAGUUCGCCCUGCACGUUUUGCCAAAAUUGUCACUAGGCCAUACUAUCCUUACCCCUUGCAGUAAAAUGAAAGUCAAGCUGGCAACCCAAGUUUUAAGUCGAUCUGUGGCAAUAGCGUUGGAGGAGAGUGGAAAUGAGGAAGUCUUGGGUACGCCACAAUUUUGCUGAAUGAUGAAUGAUUUAUUUGACUGUACAAAUGUAAGGUCUUUGGCUGAACAUGUCAGGAGAAGAAAUCAUUUCAUCAAAGCAUACACUGCUCAAGAUGAUGAACGAUUUGUAUGGAUGAAGAAUGUUUUCUUACAGUACUUGGAGAACUGGAGGCAGAGUACAGUGACACGAGAUGGAGUGUAUUCCACUGAUGAUAGGGGAAAGAUGUUCCUUUCAAUUCAAACCUACAAAG